UUGAGUCAUGUCUCCGCAAAGCGGAUCGCAUGCCAAGGCCAGGGCGUGGCAAGCGGCACAGGCAGCCACCAGUGGAGGCACAGCACAGGGAGCCUUUGCCAUGAAAGAGUUGGCCAAAUUAGCGAAGGACUUCCACGACUCCCAACUUCAGUUGACCAUGGCAGAAAUGACACUGCAAGGCCUGCAGAUCUGCGAAAUGCAUGCCCGCACUUGUGUGAAGUCCCUCGUGGAAGCCAUAUCUCCCAAUCACCCUCAGUUGGCGCAAGAUGCAGCAUGGGCACUCAUGCAGCUCCUACAGAAAUGCGCCUCAGCUACUGCUUGGGCAGUGGACGCUGGUGGGCUACAAGCUGUCCAGGGGUGCUUGCGGUGCUGGAAGGGAGAGGGAGGGGAUUCCUUUGCUUGGCUGGCAUUCUCCAUGGGUGGCUUGCAAUCCAUUGUGAGCCUUCUCCAGGACCUCGGCGAGGCAUCAGGCUCAUCAGGUGUGGCCGAUUUAGUGUGGAUCAUCUACAACCAGAGCAGUUGGAAAGAUCAGCAUGGAGAAGAAAAACCGUAUUGUCGCGAGCUGGUCCAGUUGCUGGUGCAACACUUGAAUUUUGCAUGGCAACGACAGCGGUUGAAACAUCAUGGUUGGCGAGACGAGGAAGUGCAAGUGGUUCACGCCACAGUGGCUGUGCUGCAACAGAUGUCCACAGAUCUCCCAAGUGUUGCCAGCCGUCUAGUAGAAGAGAAAUGCGGUCCUCUAUUUGCUGAGAUCUUGCAGGUGCUGAUGCCUGCCUACGGUCAGGAUGCCAAAACCAGCACAAAGUGCUGUCAGUUGUUGGCGGCUAUGGCAUCUAGUAGGUGCAAUGGAGCGAUCCUCCUGCGAGAAGGAGUUCAGACAGUUCUUCUUACAGCGGCGCAGCAGGAAGGUAUUGUAGGGGAAGCAGCCUGCAGCACGUUGCCAUGGCUAUUGGAGCAUCAGAAGCUCAGGGAGAUGCUCCACGCCUUGGCAGUUGCUGAGAUUCAUCUCACCUCAGCCAAGCGGCUGAAGAGCUUCGUGGACACACUAUGGCACCUCUUUGACGGUUCCGACACUGAAGAUCCCCUGUUGAGAUUCAUGCCGGGUCUGAUGGAUCUUCUGCUCCAGCUGCGGGCAGAACUGCAGCAGGUAAGGCGGCUGAAGGGCGUCCAAGAGAGCUGCUUCCAGGCGUUGUGUGGUGCUACAAAAGCCCUGGUGCCACUUGCACAGCCUGGCAAGCUGAAGGAGUUGGAUGCUUUCAUCUCCAUCCUGGUUCAAGAGCUGCAGGUUGUUGAUCUACCAGGAGGAGGAACACCGAGUUUUGAGAUGCUCGUGAAUGAGCUGGGCAAGGUCUCCCACAGUCCGGAGUGGCGCCACCAUCUUCGUGACUUGGAGGUGGACAAGCUGGUGGUCUUGAGGAUGAACCAAGCCCGUGGCAACAAGCGAGCGAUGAAGUACUCAAUUUGGUUGGCUUCGUCUUUGCGGGGGUUGCCAUUCUUAGUGCAGGAGCUCCAACAAAAUGUCUCCUCUGAUACGACCGUGGACGCCUGUUUUUGCACCAUCGUCGACAUCUUGGACGAAGAUGUGGAAGGUGAGUGGUUCCUGCGGCAUCAGCACCAAGAAGCGCAGCAGCAAUUGCAGGCCACAGACCUGUCGCAACUACUGAGCUUGAUACUCCAGGGGAUGCAGCAACACCAGGAUGAGUCCUACAUCCAAGCACGAGGAUGCCACUGCCUCGCCUUGGUGUUGACCGCCCGGGAGCAGUUGGGCUGUGGACGGCUUUUCCAUCUUGGAGAGGAGCUGCUGGUCCAACUUUUAGAUGUCUCAGUGGGAGUCCUGCGAAUGUCAACGGUGAACAGUACAGUGAGAGAUAGCUCCUUCUUGCUGCGCACGAUGCUCGAACCUUCGACUUGCCCAGAGGGCUGUGAGAGGCAGAACGAGGAGCGCAUGCGACAGCUGCUGGCGCACGAACUUUGUUCCAGAGGUGUUCCAGAUGUACUUCUGUCACAUCUCAAUAGUUACGCUUACAUGAAGGAUGAGAGGCACACCGAACUCUUGGAAGGCGUUCUCGCAUGCUUGGUCCAUCUUGGCGGUGUCUGGGCGGCCUUGGGCCCCUUGGCACAGCUGGAGCCGUCAGGGGAGGCGCCAACCUUGGCAAAGGCCUGCGGAUUGAAGGCCUGCGAAGUGGAAUGGGAAUGA